AUGCAGGUGUCUACCACACGUGGUGUCACCGGACUGCCGGUUAUAACUUCCGGUCACAUGGUUUACAACGUAUCAACAGAAACCUCUAACAACGAAGUACAACAUGGCGGAGAAGAGCCAUAUUACUUUCAGAGAGAGAGAAUCAUUUUUGACAGCUGUAUUUUCGCCGCUAUCAUUAUUGGGAACUUGAUUGUGCUCCUAGCUGUAUGGAUAUCAAGAAAGAAACGAAGGUCACGAAUGACAUUCUUUAUCCAACAACUAGCUAUCGCUGACCUACUUGUUGGCCUGUUCAGUGUUCUUCCCGACCUUGUCUUGAUGGUUGAUGGAAAAUGGAAAGGUGGAGACCCCGUUUGUAAAAUUGUCAAAUAUUUACAGGGCGUUGUGACCUAUGGCUCCACCUAUAUGUUAGUAGCAUUAAGUGUGGAUAGAUGGGACGCUGUCGCCCGUCCUAUAGACGGUAUCACCAAUGCAAAUUUGCGUUGCAAGGUGCUCACUAUAUCAGCCUGGGCAGUUGCUGCUUUAUUCUCCCUGCCCAUGUUCCUGUUUGAGGACAUACAAGGUUCCUGCAUGAUAAAUUAUUUUGAAGAAUGGCAAUGGCAGCUAUACCUAGUGUUGAUAGCAGUAGCUGUGUUCUUCAUCCCGACAGUCAUCAUCAUCUAUUGCUACGGCGCCAUCAUCCACAUUCUCCUGCAGAAGACGUUUGAAUGUACAGAUGUGAAACCCAAAAGAGACAGGAGCGAUGUUUCUCCCAAAAAUGGUUAUAAAGCCCACAAGACAUCUCGAGGAUUUCGUAAUGGUAAAAGACGAAGUUUGUCUCGGAGUUCCAGAGGAAUCAUACCACAAGCCAAGAUCCGAACUAUAAAGAUGACAACGGGCAUUGUAAUAGUGUUCAUUCUGUGUUGGAGCCCGUAUUUUAUUGUCAACCUUCUAGGCGUGUUUGGACACCUGGACUUUAGUAGUCAGCUAGUGGUAGGCUUGUACGCCUUCAUUCAAAGCUUGGCCCCGCUCAACAGCGCGCUCAACCCCGUCAUCUACGGUAUCUUCAGCUCCCGGACGUGUCAUCAUCUCGUUACCUUCAGCUACCGAGGACAGCUACGGAGGACCUGUCCCUGCUGUAAGCGUUGCCUGAAGGAGCCAAAUGUGUUAAUCCCACGCUGGAGCCACACUGAUGUGUCCUACAGCACCUGUCGCCAGACUAUCACUCCAGACAAAAGCACUGACAUGGUGAAACCCUCGGACAGUACGGAACUGUGUGACUUAGUUGUCACAAGUGAUAUGCUUGAGGAACACAGUCGAUGCUAA